AUUGUAAACACAAUGUGGCGAAGUGGCUAUAUUUUAGCUUGAUUGUGCAUCUUAAAAUGAACAAAUUACUGAUGUGAGAGCAAUUUGAAGGAAAACUAAUUUUAGCAUAUAUAUUUCCCCACUAAACACCACAUUGUGCUCUAAAUAUAACCUGUUAAUCCGUGAAGUGGAUCAUUUAAGGGCUCAGGAGCUUCACUGCAGGUCGUAGGCGGAUCUCUAGGAUUUGAGACGCAGCCUCUGAGUGAAAGAUGAUUGGUUCAAACUUUGGAUGGUCUUGUAACGUUUGUCAAGUUAUUGUUAAGUUAGUAGUCAUGUAAAAGUUAAGCAAGAGCAAGCGCGACUUCAGCUUCUUUCUCAAUUUCCAUGUGGAAUUUUGUUGUAGUUAGUAAUUUAUUUAUUUUCCCGGAAUGAUUUCAGCUAAUUAUAAAGGUAAAACUUCCUCCGAUGAAGAAGGUGAUGAUCAGGGUUCACGGUCAUCUCCGUCGGAGCGUUCACUCCAGGCGCAAAGUCUGUCGUUCAGCGUCGAAGCCCUUGUGUCGAAGAAAGGACGGAGUGAAUCAUCUUCACACGAACCGAGUCCGAAGCCCUGCUUUAUAAAUCCGGACGAUCGAUCACUGAUCUAUCCAGAGUCGGUGGAUUUCCCCAAACGCUGUCAAUCUGUCAAAGAGGACUCUUCCUGGAUCAAUAAACCCAGAUUAUCACCACGAGCGCAGAGUCCCGCGACAUGCACUCUCCGAAAGCACAAGACGAACCGUAAACCCCGAACCCCUUUCACCACAGCUCAACUCUUGGCCCUUGAGAGGAAGUUUCGUCAGAAGCAAUACCUGUCUAUCGCCGAACGCGGCGAAUUCUCCAGCUCUCUCAGCCUGACCGAGACCCAGGUGAAGAUCUGGUUCCAGAACCGAAGAGCGAAGGCCAAGCGGCUGCAGGAGGCAGAGCUGGAGAGGAUCAAAAUGACCAGCAAACUCAUCUUACAUCCCGGCCUCAGUCUGCCGUUUCCACUCUGUACGCAGACCCAGACAGCAGCUCUCUUGUGCGGACAGUCUUUCCACUUCAGCAGACACAUGCUGCCCUUUGCACCUCCAGGAAUAUACUCCACACCGAUGGCUUACAGAGUGUGUCCUCUCUCCAAAGACGGCUUCUCUGUGGAGCCAGUCUAGAGGAUAUCUAUCUAUUCCUGGAAACACUUCUGGCUUAUCUGCUGGACAUACUGACAUUAUACAAUUGUAUGUAUGCUUAGGAUUACUUUAAUUAUCAUUGUUAAAUGUUACUUUACACUCUUAAAAAUUAAGGAUCCUAAAAGAGGUUUUCUGAUGAAAUAGAAGCAUUCUGGGUUCACCAAAGAACCUUCCAGUGAACAGUUUAAUAAAAGAACCUUUUUCUUGGUGUAAAUAACAUGGAAAGACCCUUUUAUACCAUGUUAAAGUUCCAUGGAUGUUAAAGAUUCUUCACAGAACCAAAGAUUCCAAAAAAGAAUCUUCAUUUGUAAGAGUGUAAUCUACUUUGGAAGCCGCAAAGAAUAAAUGAAAUGUAGAUUUGCAGUUUUUUUUUUUUUUUUUUACAUAAGUGUCACAAAAUGUAAUUCAAUUCUUGUAAGUCUUCUCUUAACUUCCAGGGCACUGUAGGAUAUUAUAUCACCCAAUAUUUUGCAUUAAAAUAUUGCUCUUAUGUGAUUUUGAGUCACAUUAAAGAAAAUGUCAAAGUACAUUAAUUAUUGUCCCACAUAAACAAAGUAUAUUUGUAUGAAAAAUCCUAAUUUCGAAUGUGUUUAUGUAAAGAAAAAGCAACCUAAUAUAUGGUCACACUUGAAGCACCAAUUCUCUCUAUUAACUGGUCUUUGCCUCAGUAAACUUUAAUAGAAAUGAUUUUUGCUUAUUAAUAGUAAGGUAGUUAUUAAGUUUAGGAUUGGGUGAGGGACCUAAAAUAUGGUCAUGUGUUAAUAAGCACUAGUAAACAACCCACAUGCUGGUAAUAUGCAUAGCUAAGAGUGAAAACUGGUCCUUAAAAUAAAGUGUUACCCAUUUCCCAUAUACAUAUUACUGUGUUAGUGUUUUAGUGAAAAUUUGGAGAUGGAGAUCAGCUCAGCCUUAAAUCCACAGGAUUGCUAAUGCUUUUUAAAUUGAGCUGCUGAAAAGAGGCUUUUAAGCGUUCAUGCUCAUAAUCAGUGGAAAUGUCGGCUGACCUGUGCAGCUCUUUUCAUGCCGGU